UUGAGUGGACAAGAUACAUAAUUUAUCAUGGCUAGAUGACGGAUGUAAACAAAAUUGUAAAUAGUUGUGAGUGUUACGACUACGAUUGUCGAGUAUAACAAAAAAUAAUGUGUAUAACUGUAUAAGUAUUAAGUGCAGUGCACUGUGCACAGACUACGAUCGAAUGAUGUCUGUAAAUAAAGGGUGAUGUGCAAAACAUUGGGUUGUCAUUAUGGACACCGAGUCUAUAAGGUCCAUGAGUGAGUACAGUUCCAAAUCCAAAUACAAGAGUCACUCACUAAAAUCUGGUGGUAAUCAUAGAUCUAACAGUUAUAAAAACAAUACUCGAACUUCUCGCAAAUAUUCUGAUAGCUUAAAUAAUCCAUACGAAACAGCUAUGGCACCAUAUCAAACUACUGUGAUGUUAGAUGAUACAAGAGAUGGACAAGAUGUUGUUGAAGUGCAAAUAUUACCUCAAGAUGAAAAUUGGGGUGAAAAUACUACAGCAAUUACUGGUAAUACUUCAGUACAGUCAGGAUCCAUGGAAGAAAUGGGUGCUCUAUGGCCAGAUACUGAGCAAAAAAGUGCUUUUCCAAUAUUGUGCCAUCGUUAUAUAGCUACUACCUUGACUGGGCUUUUGUCUCUAGUCGCUUUUCUUAGUCCGUUAGCUAUGCUAGUUUUACCAAAAUUAGGUGUUUUUAGUCCUGCAGCUACAAAUCUUAGUCCUCAACAAAGAGAAACACUAUUAAAUUGCGGUGCAGAAUGUAAAGGAGUGUUAGUUUCAUUAGCAUUCAAAAUGUUUUUAUUAGCUGUGGCAUCAUGGGCAAUUUUCCUACGUCCCGUGAAAGCAACUAUGCCCCGCAUUCAUGUUUUUAGAGCAAUCGUCUUAGCAUUAGUGUCAAUUUGCUGUGGUAUUUUUUGGCUUUUCUAUGUAGUUCAAGUCACGGAGGGAGUACGAGCAACAGCUACAGGUGAAGAUUUGCUUGAGUAUCGUGCCUUGGUAUCCUAUUCUUCUUCCCUAUGUGAUUGUCUACUUUGUAUUCAUUAUGUUGCCAUAGUGUUAAUGGAAAUAAGACACCUUCAGCCAGCUUUUUACAUCAAGGUUGUUAGGAGUCCUGAUGGUGAAAGUCGAUCAUAUCCUAUUGGUCAGUUAAGCAUUCAGCGUGCUGCUGUUUGGGUUCUUGAACGAUAUUAUACUGAAUUUUCUAUAUACAAUCCAUACUUGGAGCGUUUACCAGUCUCAAAGUCUAAAAAAAAUGCUUCCAGUUUUAAAUUUUAUGACAUUGAAGGUAUAGGAAGUAACACACUCCAAAUGAGUCAGUCAAGAGGUACAAUGAAUGGUCAUGCUAGACGUCGAGACUCAAGUCAUAACGAACGAUUCUAUGAAGAACAUGAUUAUGAACGAAGAGUUAAGAAACGAAGAGCCAGGCUCUUAACAGCUGCCGAAGAGGCAUUCACCCAUGUUAAACGAUCACAUCAUGAUCCUGGUGGUGGUUCUGCCAUGGAUCCAUAUGAAGCUGCUCAAGCUGUUUUCCCAACUAUUGCACGAUCUCUUCAAAAGUAUUUAAGAGUAACUAGGCAACAGCCAAGGCAUACUGUAGAGUCAAUUUUGUCUCACCUUGCUUUAUGUUUAACUCAUGAUGCUUCACCAAAGGCAUUUUUAGAACCUUACUUGAGUGCAUCUCCUGUAUUACAAAAUGAAAAAGAACAAAAAUCACUUCAAUCCUGGUCAUUAAUUUGUAAUGAAUUAUUGACUCGAGCACUCAAAGAUGGAACUGUGUUUCAAUUACGACAAAAUGAUCUUUCACUUUUGUGUACAGUGCAUAAGCUUCCCCAUUUUAGUAUUAUCGAAGAAGUUAUCAAUCCAAAAUCAAAUAGAUUUGUUCUUAAGUUAAACUCUGAAACUUCUGUCUAAAUGUUUUAUUAUUUUUGACAUAAAAGUAUUAAACUUGACCGACCAAGAUUCAAUGUAUUUUCUAGUCUUCAAAUUUAAUUGAGUAUAAACUACUUAAUUUUUAACAGUAUAUUUGGUAUGCCUCAAAAUUAAGUGUAGUAUUUUUUUCUUAUCAAUUUAGAAUAUAUUAUAUAUAUUUAUUUACAAGUUAUCUCCUUUUAAGUACGUUGGUGGUUUUAUAGUAAUUCUAUUUCUAGUGAUUUAGUUUUUGUUUAUAAACUGAUAAACUAAGAAUUGCAAGUGAAUAGUUGUAUUGUCAUGGUAAAAACACUAAAUCAUCUUCAAAAUCGUUAGGCUUGUCAAAAAAAUAAUUAUCAAUCAACAAUAUCACUGCCGUCAACAAAAAAUAAUAUCAUUAUUUUUACUUAAAAUUUAUGUUUCACUAUAUUUUCUUAGGCAGGAUUUGUUUUUCAACAUUUUCAUAAGGUACAAUUGAAUUUUUUGUGUAAAAACUUCUAGAUUAUCAUAUAUUUUAUUGUGUAUUGUUCAAUAUCUUAGCAUUAAAUUUAGAAUUUUUAUGUCUUGAUUAAAUUUAACGUUUUACUGAUAUUAUACUGUUUUAUAGUCUUGCAUUUUCAUAAAAUACACAAGAAUAAAUUUAGUACACUUACUUUUGGGACAUACCUCAUAUAUAACUAUCAUAGUAUUAAGGCGUUUUGUAUAACACAUCUUAUCUGCUUAUUUUCAACAACUGACUACAUUUAAUUUAUUAAUUAUCUAUUCUUUAUUAAUGUAUGUAUGUAUUUAAUAUA